AUGCGUAACCUCUACACAGAGGGCCACACGCUUGCCAGUCUCUCACUUUCGAAGAGGUCUCCGAGUUGGUGGCCUACGGCGAGCACGGACCAGCUGCGGCAAGAGUUCUCUGAUCAUCGAAAGCUAAUAAAAUACCUGGCCGGCGUUCCCGAGUCCGACGUCAUCGGCGCAAUAGCCCCCUACCUGGAGAUAUCGAAUAACUACGUAGCUGCGCUCGAGGCGGAGGGUUACGCCUACGAUUUCUCGAUGCCAUCCAGAAAGUCGCCGCCUGCGUACUACCCGCACACGCUGCACUACCGCAGCUCCCUCGUCGACGAGUGCGUCGUCAAGGGCUGUCCGACGAGGUCGUUCAAUCUGUGGACUUUCCCGAUGCUUGACUGGAUCGACCCGAAGACGGGCCGCAUCUGCGGCAAUCAAAUCGACGGCUGCAACGUCGGCAACCGCGCCGACAAGAUCUACAAGUUCAUGCUGUUUAACUUCAACAGGCACUUCGAGGCGAAUCGCGCGCCGUUCCCGCUCUACCUGCGACCAGGCUGGUUGGAGAGCAACUACGCUGCGCGCGCCGAAGCGCUCACUCGGUUCCUCGCGCACCUGGAGGAACUCGACUCGGUCUACCUCGUCGACUUCAACUCCGCCUAUCGAUACAUGAACAUGCCUGACGACCUGCGCGGCAGCUUUGGCAACGCCGAGUGGCAGGAGUGUCCAGGCGAAGGCAGCCUGCAGCCGUGUACGGCCAGCAAUACGAUCGAGUGCAAGUACGCCGACAUCGUUCCUUCAUACGCGCAAAGAUGGCAGCCGCCCGUAAACAUCUCCUUCACGACGUGCGCCGUAACUACAUGCCCGCCGAAUUAUCCCUUCACGGGUAAUCCAUACGGAGAAUAA